CAAUAAAUAAACCCCCUUUAGAAAACACUCAUGCCUUGCAGCUCUAUACUCUCUCUGCUUUUCUUCUCUUUCUUCUCCCUUAGCCACACACACUCUCUCUCUCUCGCCCUGAAUAAGGGGAAACCAGAGUCCAGAGAAGUUCAAUGUCCAACCACCGGCUGUGAAUCUCUCUCUCUCUCUCUCUCAAGGCUGAUUCUUGUUGUCUUAACUUUCUCUGCUCAAGGACUGGGACGCAUUUGUAUUAUUUUGUGUUUUUUAUGAAAGACCCAAAACAAAUAACUAAGAGCGAGCCCAUUCUGGAGUUCUUGUAGUAUAUCUUCUAUCUCGUCUUUGCAGCUUUUCUCUCUCAGAUCUAUCGCCAGCCCUUUUUCUCCUUCUAUUAUUGGACCCUUGUGUUUGUUUCAUUUGAGUUAAGAUAUGAGUAAAGAAGAGUUCUUGAAGAUCCAGACUUGUGUAUUAAAAGUGAACAUACACUGUGAUGGCUGUAAGCAGAAAGUGAAGAAAAUCUUGCAGAAAAUUGAUGGGGUUUUUACCACCAAAAUAGAUUCAGAACAAGGGAAGGUUACUGUCUCAGGUAAUGUAGACCCAGCUGUGCUGAUAAAGAAGCUUGGGAAGUCGGGCAAACAUGCUGAGCUCUGGGGUGCUCAAAAAGCCAACAACAACCAAAACCAUCUGCCCAACCAGCUCAAGAACAUGCAAAUUGAUAAUGGCAAAGGUGGCAACAACAAAGACCAGAAGGGUAACAAUGGCCAAAAGGGUAACAACAACAACAACAACCAGCCCAAAGGUGGUCAACAAAAUCAGAACCCGCAGCUGCAACUCAACCAGCAGCAGAUGCAGCAGCUACUUCAACAGCAACAAAACAUGAAAGCACUCCAAGAUCUGAGUAGGCUGCCCCAGUUCAAAGACCUAAAAUUGCCUCCUAAUAACAACCAGAACCAGAAGGCUGCCAAGUUCGCCCCACCUGAGGAUGAGGACUUCAGUGAUGACGACUAUGAUGAGUUCGAUGACGACGAUUUUGAUGAAGAUGAUGAGUUUGAUGACGAGAUGGACGAUCCCCGACAUCCGAUUAAUAAGAUGAAAACGGUUAUGCCCAAUGGUAACAUGAUGAUGAAUGGUUGGCCACCCCAGCUCUUGAAUGCCCAGAAGGGUGCUGCAAAUGACGGUGGCAACGGGAAGAAAGGUGGAGGCGGCAUCGGGGGAAAUGGAAAUGGAGCUGUUCCUAUGCAAGUAAAUAUAGGUGGUGGAAAUGGAAAUGGUGCUAAAAAAGGCGGUGGUGGUGGGGGAGGAGGUAAUAACAAUGGAGGAACUCAAAAUCAAGGUGGAAAAAAUGGUGGAAAACCACAAGAUGGCAAAAACGGUAAUAAUGGAGGUGGUGGUAAUAACAAGAACGGUAAUAAUGGCAAUGCUGGUGCCGGUGGAAAUGGUAAUAACAUGCAAAUGAAUGGGGGUAAAAAGGGAAAUAACGGAGGAGGAGGUGGUGGUGGUGGUAAAAUUGAUGGGUUGCCCAGCAUGGGUGGUCCCCAUGGUAAUAUGGGUCAAAUGGGCAACCUAAACCUACCCAUGAGUCAAAUGGGCAGCGUGUCCAUGGGCCAAAUGGGAAACAUUCCUGCCGUUCAAGGACUGCCGGCUGCAGCUGCCAUGAGCGGCGGAGGCGGUGGCCCCAAUGGGUACUUCCAGGGAGCCGGGCCAGAUCUCAUGCCUGGUAAUCCAUAUCAUCAGCAGCAGCAACAACAACAACAGUACGUGCAAGCAUUAAUGAACCAACAGAGGGCAAUGGGUAAUGAGAGGUUUCAACCCAUGAUGUAUGCGAGGCCCCCACCUGCAGUCAAUUACAUGCCUCCAUACCCGUACCCGUACCCGUAUCCGCCACCACAUCCAGGUUCUGACCCGUAUGUCAACUUCUUCAGCGAUGAAAACACCUCAAGCUGUAGUGUGAUGUGAAGGUUUUUGCGCAUGGAACUCGAUGCUGCUAUGGGUUAGUGUGGUGCUGCCUGCGUUUAUAGUCGAAGGGACACUAGAAGUUUGAUGCCAUAAUAUACAUGGAAAAUGGGGUUUAUUUUAGUUAAAUAUUUCUCUUUUAAUUUUACUUUUCUCUCCUCUCUUUUGGAAGCUGAUCUAGGGUUUAAAUUAUUAUAGACAAGUAUUUAUAGAUAAUGCUUUUAGGAGGAGUAGCGGUGGGCUCUCUUUUAUGUUGUUGUUUAUAUAUGAUGUUUAUAUGUUGCAAAACAAAAAAUAAGAUUAGAAAUAGAAAAAAAAAAUGGAGCUGCAAAAAAGGCCCAUCUCUCUC